AUGAGCACUUGGAGGGCCUCUCAAAUACUUCAACUUGUUCAUGCUGAUAUAUGUGGGCCAAUCACGCCAAUCUCAAAUAGCAAGAAAAGACAAUUGACGGCAUCAUAUACUCCACAACAUAAUGGAGUUGCAGAGAGGAAAAAUAGAACCAUUAUGAACAUUCGUAGCAUGCUCUCGGAGAAGAAAAUUCCCAAAAUUUUCUGGCUAGAAGCAGUUAACUGGACUGUACAUGUGUUGAAUAGAAGCCCAACUUUUGCUGUCAAAAAUCAAACUCCUGAAGAAGCCUGGAGUGGAGUUAAACCAACAGUGGAGUAUUUCAAGGUUUUUGGGUGUGUCUCUCAUGUACAUGUACUUGAUAGCAAAAGAACAAAGUUAGAUGAUAAAAGCUUAAGGUGUGUCUUGCUUGGUGUCAGUGAGGAGUCUAAAGCAUACAGAUUGUAUGAUCCAGUCUCUCAUAAAAUACUUGUAAGCAGAGAUAUUGUGUUUGAAGAGGAUAAAAAUGAACUAGUUGAAGAAAAUCCUCCCAAUUUCAAUGAAGGGAGAAAUAGAAGACCACUAGUCUGGAUGGAAGAUUAUGAAACAGGAGAGGGUCUCUCUGAAGAAGAUGAUGUGGCUCAUUUUGUCAUGAUUGUAGCUGCUGAUCCAGUUCAUUUCGAAGAUGCAGAGUUACCUGCUGGAGGAAAGAAGAUUGGUGUGAAGUGGGUAUAUAAAACGAAGCUUAAUGAGAAUGGAGAAGUAGACAAGUAUAAGGCAAGGCUCGUAGCAAAAGGAUAUUCUCAACAACAUGGGAUAGACUAUACAGAAGUGUUUGCACCUGUGGCACGGUUGGAUACGAUCUGUCUUGUAAUAGCACUCACAGCUCAAAGACAAUGGACAAUCUACCAGAUGGACGUGAAGUCUGCCUUCCUACAUGGGGAAUUAAAUGAGGAAGUGUUUGUUGAGCAGCCUCAAGGUUAUGUGCGCAAGGGCAAUGAACAGAAAGUCUAUAGGCUCAAAAAGGCUUUAUAUGGACUUAAGCAAGCUCCACGAGCUUGGUAUAGUUGUAUAGAAGCUUAUUUCAUGAAGGAAGGAUUUGAAAGAUGUCAUUAUGAACACACUUUGUUCACAAAGACAGCAAAGGAAGUCAAAAUUCUAAUUGUGAGUCUUUAUGUUGAUGAUCUCAUAUUUACUGGCAAUGAUGAAUCUAUGUUUGCUGAGUUUAAGAGAUCAAUGAUGCUUGAGUUUGACAUGACUGAUCUUGGGAAGAUGAGGUAUUUUCUUGGUAUAAAAGUUAUGCAAAGAACUGAUGGAAUAUUCAUUAGCCAAAAGAAAUAUGCUUUGGAGGUGCUUGAAAAGUUUGGAAUGAAUAAAAGCAAUUUGGUUCUUAAUCCCAUUGUCUCAAGUUGCAAACUUUUGAGAGAUGAAGAUGGAGUAAAAGUGGACAGCACCAUCUACAAACAAAUUGUAGGAAGCCUCAUGUAUUUAACUGCUACUAGACUAGACAUGAUGUUUGUGGUAGGUCUUAUUAGCAGGUAUAUGAGUAAUCCUACUGAGCUUCACAUGGAGGCAGCAAAGAGAAUUUUAAGAUAUCUAAGAGGAGCAACUGUUUUGGGGUGUUCUACAAAAAGGGAGGAAAAUGAGAGUUGA